UGCUCUCCUGGUAUCAUUAUCAACAAUAUAGGGUUCUUGAACACUAUUUAUUCACACUCAAAAGCAAAGAUCUGGUGACUAAUACGGAAGCUUUCCGGGCAAUGUUUAUUAUUUAGGUUUCAACCUGCACUCAUUGAGUUGUCUCACAGUAUGCCAACAUGUCAAAACUUUUGCGAACGUCUUGAACUCCAGAUCAUGCACUCCAUCCUGGAACGCGGACAAAUCUGGGGUCGAUGCGCCUGCUCUUUCUCCAGCCGCUUGUCUCUCGUCUUAACGGCAUUCUCUUAACAGUUCGAUGUGUUUCACGGAAUCCACGACCAAUCGUUACAUCUCUGAUGUCUGACUUGAAAAUGGUCCUUUUCCCAAGCGACCGACAGAUAUCUAAACGGGACUCUUCCGGUAGAUUGAGAGGAUAUUAUAUUCGCCGGGUGGAGUUGAGGCGAUCCACGGAUGAGGCGGUAAAGAUUGCGGCGGGUAUGCUUAUCCAGGGGCGACUCAGCGACGUCUUCAUCGAAUGCUCAUCCGAACGGCUGACGUCUCAAGCGAUUGGCGGAAGCGAGUCCCGAAUUUCACACCCUCCUUAUGAUUGGCAAUCAAAGCGGAUAGAGAUCCGUGCUUGUUGGGCUGAUGAGACUCGAUUUCACUGGUUAUUUCCUCAUGGUGCGAUUAUAAAUACGCUUGGUCAAAAAUGGAACCAAUUCCGUUGCAACUGACUAGGAAAGACGUCAUAGAAGCCAAUGAUCCACCCAAAUGCGAAACUCUGAGAUCAUUACGAAGCAAUAUCCUACGGUUGUGUUGAAAUAUAUAUAAAGAAUAAAUAGGAC